UGUAGACACUACAGUCAAAUCUGUUUUCUAAAAUUUUUACCUUUGUAAACGUGUCAAAAAUUGAAGGAAAAUAGAUUUUUAUUAAAAAAGAAAAAGGAGUAAAAAUUACAAACAAUCAUAAAAUUGAACUAAAAUUAAAUGGAUACAAUUACUGAAACUGAAAUUCUAAAUGCGGAAAAAAAUAUUACAGACGGUAGUGCACUAAAAGUGCCUACAUCAUUAGAAGGUAUUUGCGUGGCUUAUGGAAGCUUAGUAGUUAUGGCAAUAUUUCCUAUAUUUUUUGGUUCAAUUCGUUCAGUUAAGCACCAUAAAAUCAAAAAGGCAUCUGGUGAAAAAGCAGAUGUAAUGUCCUCAAAAGAUGCAAUAAUGUUCCCAUUAAUAGCCUCUUGUGCGUUAUUUGGAUUAUAUAUAUUUUUCCAGAUAUUUUCAAAAGAUUAUAUUAAUUUACUCCUUACUGGAUAUUUCUUCUUUUUGGGAAUAAUGGCUCUCUCAAAUUUAUUAAGUCCAAUAGUUGGUUCAUUAAUACCUGCAGCAAUUCCAAAAGUACCAUUCCACAUCUUAUUUACAGAAGGAGAAGACAAAGACAAAAAAGACAUUAUAAAUUAUAAGUUUUCAUCGCAUGAUAUUGGUUGCCUCAUUAUAUCUGUAAUCGUUGGAGUGUGGUACUUAUUAAAAAAACACUGGAUUGCCAAUAAUUUAUUUGGUUUAGCUUUUGCAAUCAAUGGAGUUGAAUUAUUACAUUUAAAUAAUGUUGUUACUGGAUGUAUUCUUUUGAGUGGACUUUUUAUCUAUGAUAUAUUUUGGGUUUUCGGAACAAAUGUUAUGGUUACUGUUGCAAAAAGUUUUGAAGCACCUAUAAAACUAGUAUUCCCACAAGAUUUACUUGUAAAUGGCUUAGCAGCUUCGAAUUUUGCAAUGCUUGGUUUAGGAGACAUUGUAAUUCCUGGAAUUUUUAUUGCAUUGUUAUUAAGAUUUGACCAUAGCUUAAAGAGACGAAAAAAUGUAUACUUCUAUUCGACAAUAUUUGCUUACUUAUUAGGUUUAAUUUUUACAAUUUUUGUGAUGCACAUGUUUAAACACGCUCAACCAGCUUUGUUAUAUUUAGUUCCAGCCUGUAUUGUAACACCCACUCUAAUCGCGUUUUUAAAAGGAGAUUUAAAACAACUUUUUUCAUAUGAAGAUCAUCCAGAGGAAAAACCAGAAAAAGAGAAGAAAGAAUCAAGUAAAAAGAACAAACAGUCUAAAUCGAUGUAAGAAAAGAAAUGUUCAAUUUGUAUGUUGUAUAUGGGAAUUUAAUUUUUUUAUCUAGAACCAUGUAAAUUGAAUAAUUUUAAUAGUAUGUAUUAAAAAUAAAAUUAAUGUAUUAUGAAUAUAUAUUAUUUAAAUUUUUUAUUUUGCUAAGCAUAAUAUAAAUUUUACUUUUUUGUUAUUUUCAA